AUGGCUGAGGAGUGGCAUGUGUGGGCAGAGAAGCAGAGAAAGCUGAAGGACAUGCUGGACAUUGACGACACCCUGCCCAGCCUCACAUGGCUGCAGGACUUCUCCAUUAAAAGCACUGUCAUAGGUGAAGCCUCCUGCUACCCCAGCGGCCCGGACCCUCAGGACAAGCUCACCAGCUUUGCUGCCCCAUGCUCACCCCUGGCUGCUGACCCGGCAUGCAUGGGCAUUCCUCAUACUCCCUGCAAGCCCAUCUCCUCCUCCACCUCAAGGACAAUACACCACACCAUGGCCAUGCACCCUCACCUGGCAGAGGACAUUGACUACAAGACCAACCCACACGUCAAGCCACCCUACUCCUAUGCCAACCUCAUCUGCAUGGCAAUGGAAGCCAGCAACAAGGCCAAAAUCACCCUCUCGGCCAUCUACAAGUGGAUUACUGACAACUUCUGCUACUUCCGGCAUGCUGAUCCCACCUGGCAGAAUUCCAUCCGGCACAACCUCUCCUUGAACAAGUGCUUCAUCAAGGUACCUCGGGAGAAGGGCGAGCCAGGCAAAGGAGGGUUUUGGAAGCUUGACCCCCAGUACGCCGACCGGCUCAAGAAUGGUGCCUUCAAGAAACGGAGAGUGUCCCCAGUGCAGAUCCACCCUGCCUUCACCAAGAGAGACCAGCAAGAGCCACCCUGCCUUGCCAGCCCAGCCACUUCCACCUGCACCACCUCCACCAACGUCCUCAACAUCAACAAGGAGUCGCAGCGGCUGCUGAAAGAGUUUGAAGAAGUCACCGGCAAGCAGAAAUGGAACACGGCAGGGCAGGAGGGCAAAGCAGGGCAGGAGGACAAGGCAGGGCAGAAGCGCAAGCAGCCCUUGCCCAAGAGAACGGCCAAGGUGCCUCGGCUCUCCAGCUGUGCCUUGCUGACCCAGGAAGAGCAGACUGAGCUGGGGUCCCUGAAAGGUGACUUUGACUGGGAAGCCAUCUUUGACACCAACCUGAACGGUGACUUCUCCACUUUCGGGGACCUGGAGCUUGUGCCUCCAAUCAGCACCACGUCACAAGACCUGGACUCGGCAGCGCAGAGGCACAACAUCGACCCUCCCCAGCAGCAGGAGCACGAGCAGGAGCAGGUCCUCACUGAAGCCAACCAGAACAACCUGGACUUUGAGGAAACCUUGAUGGCCACCUCCUUCCUGCAGCACCCCUGGGAGGAAGAGACAAACGAUUACCUCUCCAACUGCAUCAACAUCGAGCAGCUGUUUGAGUUCAGCGACACCUCUUUGCCAGUGGAUGCCAGCAACUGGAGUGACCUGACAACCCUCUUAUAA